AUGCCUUUAGUAGUCUUUACUAAGUGGAUUCGAUAUGUGUUUCUGGACCAGGACUACACCUGCCCUCACUGCGACCGCACCUUCACUUCACAUAUCGGCCUGGUCAGCCACUUGCGAAUCCAUCGCAUAGUGACUGGCAAAUCAGUGCCAGGAGCACCAACCUACACCCACCGCACUCGCCUCCACUGCCCUCGCACCUUCACGCAUCGCAUGGGCCUACUCGACUACAUGCGCAUCCACGAGAGCGGAAUUGACCGCCCUCCCGACUCACCCACCACGCCAAACCCCAUUCCCACUUCAUUACCCAUCAUCACUUCAUCACCCAUCACCCUCAUCGCAACUGACACCGACACCACCGACUUCGCCUGCCCACACUGUCCACGCGCAUUCACCUCUCGCCUCGGCCUGGUCGGUCACUUGCGAAUUCAUAGCACGGAGACUGGCGAACCAGUGCCUGGAGCACCAACCUAUAUCCACCAAGCUCACCUCCACUGCCCACACUGCCCUCGCACUUUCACGCAUCGCAUGGGCCUACUCGGCCACAUGCGCAUCCACGACGACCUGCGGUAG